CGGGAAAAGGUGUAACCAUAUUGUGGAAAGAUUAGCAGAAAUAUCGGGAGGUAUUUGGUGAAUUAUCCGAUAACACGUGAAGAAAUUUACGCACAGGUACCUCGCAGAUAGCAAACUACAAUCGUUACAAAAAAUAAUCAUACAAAAAAGUUUGGAGCAUAAGUAAUAAAUUUGAUCUGCCUUGCGUAGUUUUACUACUCACAGCGGAUACCAAUCAAAAUCAGAUAACGCUCUGGACCUCUCUACUCCCCGCUGUCCCAGAGGCAAUCAAGAAAUGGGGGAAGGUGUAAGACUAUCAUUCAGUAUUUAUAGGCUUCCCAAGAAUAUAAGACAGAUUGGUCCACAGGAAAAUACUGCAACAAAGACAUGAUGGAUAAAGUAGAAAAACAUCCAAAAGAGAGUGAAGAAUCUUGGGGUGACCUACUACAUACAUUCACACAGAACUCAACCUUUCAUGGCAUUCGCUACAUCACAGAAACAUCUCCAUACAUUCUCAGAAAGUUGGUUUGGGUCCUUAUCGUUCUGGCUGCGAUAUGUGGAUUUAGCUACGUAGUUGUGGUGCGCUGUACCGUCUAUUACAGCUGGGAGAAGACUGUUAACGUAGAGGUCACCUACACAGAAAACCUUACAUUCCCAAGUGUGACAAUUUGCAAUGAAAAUGCCUUCAGAGUUUCAGUAGCUGCAAAAAUAAAUAAAGUAGAGCUUGUUAGAAAACAUUUCGGCAAUGAGAAACAAAAAGAAAAGGAUUCAACAAAUGACAACACUACCACAUUGGUCAAUGUCACAACUUCAGCACCAGUGACUACAACUCCUGUUGGAGAGAAGGAACAUCAUCCCACAUCAAAAAACAUAACAAGUAACGCUACUGUAUACCUCAAUAUGGACAGCCUUAAAAGUAAAACAGAGAUAGUUGGCAAGGGAAUAAUUGGUUUUGCUUUGAGAGAUCCCGAAAUUGUGGAUGGCAUAGUAAACAAGGCACUCUAUUUGAAUGGACUUGACCAGCAUGUAGAGUUUAAUAACCAAGCGGUUGACAGCGUAUGCCUCAAAGAAUUGGAUGAUUGUAAGCUUGGAUUAACUUUAUCACUUUGGAUCAAACUUGGCUUCAAAGAAGCCUCUGGUUCUCAAAUUUUACAUUAUAUAUCUACUGGAGGUCACAAAAUUGGAAAUACAGGUAUUGCAAUGUACCAACGAUAUGAUAGGCUUGUUGUUUAUAUACGCACACAUAAGAAGGAAUGGCAUGUUACCACCAGCGUCGAAAAGAACGUCUGGAACAUGGUAGCAUUUACAUGGUCUAAAGAGCAAGAUUUAACGAUGUAUAUAAACGGUUCAAAAGCUGACCAUGGCCAGUAUUACCCUCUUAAAGCAGUUGAGAUCGAUGAAGAUGCUAUGGAGGAUGGAUUGACGUUAGGUGGACCAAAUGACCUUCUCCUGAAAAAUGAAAUGUUUAGUACAGAUUUGGGCGAGGCAUACAUGGAUGAUUUAUACAUAUGGGAUACGUACAUGAAUGGGAGUGAUAUAGUCAAAGUGUUUGAUGGGUACAAGGGUUUUUUGAAAGAAGAUGAUGCCAAACCUGAGAAUCCAACAGAACCUGAGGAGAGCCAACCCGAGCCAACUGUAUUUUACCAUAUGUCUAUGGAUUAUAUAUGGGGAGGUUCCAUUCUUGGUAGAGGAAUAGAGGCAUCAAUGGACUUUGACCCCUGGAUUCCACCUCCGAUUGUAGAGACAGUUAUUGAGAAUAAAACAGACAUAGAGAUAUUUGUCGAACAAUGUUUCAAUGGAACUGAGCUUAAUGUAACAAUACAGGUUUUGGGGCAUGACGAGAAUCAAACUAAAUAUGUAGAUAAUGUGAUAUCUUGUAUUGAUGGAUCAAUUUAUCUUGUGAGACACAGGAACAAAUCGCGUAUAGAAUGUAUCUUAAUUAACCAAACCGUAACGACCACAAGUCACAUUCCAGUUACCCCUACUGAAGGGAAUGACACCACGAUGACAACAUCUACUCCAUUAAAUACUACAUCGGAGUAUAUAGCAAACACAACAGAUUUGAACGAUAUGUCAAACCUCACGGUAUCUACUAACGAUACGAGGAACCUAACGAGAUUCAUGGAAGAUAUUGAAAAUACUCCAGGAUUUAUGAAUAAUAUGACUAACACAAGUACUGCAAUCGUCAGCAAUAUGACAGAUAAUUACACAGAUUAUUUGAUGAACACCACGUCUUUUAUCAACUCCUCCAUUCCAAAUGGUAACAUUUCAUCCAUCAAUUCAACUCAUAAUGAAAGUGACGUCUAUGUACCUCUCACUGAAGAGGUUGAAGUAUGCAAUAAUGUGACAAUUGAGGAGGAAUAUCAUGUCGAAGUUGAAUGUGGCGGCAAUAGCAGCGAGCUUCUUUGUCCCCGCCCAGUUGUCAUAGAGAUCGUAGACCCAUGCGAAGAUUUUGACAUUGAGAGUUCAUAUGACCCUGGAUAUGACGGUGUUCUCGGCAAAAGCUUUUAUAUGAGCAAUUUCAGUCAGCGAUUAGACUUUGGUUUCAAAAAGGAUCGUUGUUUUGGCAACAUACAGAUGUGUAAUAAUGGAUUUAGCUAUAGGUUUUGGCUGAGGGACGAUACCCACCCUUGCAAUACUCCAAGGAUAUUAUAUACGUCGCAUUAUUCACUAAAUGAUGACAGCAAUGUCCCCCCGCAGGGAGUUUUUGUAUUUCUUGAUCUCAAUGAAGUAUCGGUGCAUGUCAUUCAGGAUUGGAGAUACUGGAACACUAGCAUAGGGCUUAACCCAGAUUCAUGGAACCAUUUAUUCAUCACAUGGUCUUCAGAACUUGGAUUGAACGUGUCAGUAAAUAUUACGGGCAAAUCGGGCAAUCAACACGUCAGCAAUAUAUGCCCUGGUGUCUUGGAAUCUUUUCCAGUUAACAUUACCAACAUAACUGAAGGAGUACGCUUCUAUGGACCAACAGCUAUUGACGAAUUCAUGUUUUGGGACACCAUUGUCAACAAGAAGAGAUAUGCGGGCACAGCGACGGUGCAGUAUUUUCUUCCAAUGGAUGACCAGGUAGAAGAUCAAAUAUAUGGUAUUGGGCUGAACGCCACGGUAUACAAGGGCGCUCAAACUGCACCAGGAAAGUUGCAAAAUAGCCUCUACUUAAAUGGUAUAAACCAGUGGGCCAGCCUUGGUAACACCAGUGGAGAGUGUUUGGGUUCACUUGAUCUUUGUGAAGAUGGAUUCACACUAGCAUUUUGGAUUAAGAAAGGCUACAAACACCCAAUCGAAAAAUAUUCGAUGUUUUAUUUAAGCAGCGGAGCUCAGUCACCUCGAGCUCAAGGCAUAACUGUAUUUCAACAGUCUGACAAAUUGAACGUUCACCUAAAAACAAAAAGCCGUCUAUAUGAGGCCUCAAUUGAUGCACUCAAGGACGACGAAUGGAGCCACAUCACUAUCACAUGGAUAUUAAGUCACGGCCUCCGCCUGUAUCACAAUGGAGAUCUAAAACACGAGGAUCGAACAUGGAAACUACUGAGACCAAGCAAUUAUACAAAAGAUGUUGAUUUUGUGAUUGGAAGACCAAAUGAUGAGCAUAAACACUUCGGAGAUGCAUUUAUUGAUGAUCUGAAUUUUUGGAACAUACAACAAGAUGAAACUUUCAUCAAGGAUUUAACGAAAUCAAAAGAUAUCAAACACAUCUACGUAUCGAUGGAUAGAGUUGAGGAUGGAAUGUUGGUAGGUGUGGGUAUGGAAGGAAAGAUAGUAGAAAAAAAGAAAAACACCAUGGCCACAGCCACAGUUAAGGGUAUAUUAGGUAUGGCUAUAGAGUUCAAAGGCGGAAGGGGGUACGUGGACUUUGGUUCGAUGCAAGGUGAAUGCAUU